CGUUGGCGAGCGUGUGCCGGUGUCCAGUGUCAGGUAUCUAGUGCAAUACAAACGGAUUAAUAAGCAAGUGAUACAAGUGAGACAAGACUAAAAGGAUAUUUAUAACUGCAGGAUAAAAGGAGAUUUAAUAUAAGACUACUGAAAAUACCAUCAGUGCGUGUGUGUGUUCAAAUUUUAAACGCGACCGAGUGAUCGUAAAUGCAUUGGAGCCAUGUUUUGGUGUAAACAUUUUGCGGUGCUGGCAUUUUUGCUGGCUUUAUCGGUGUCCUCAAAUGCAUCGUCCCAAGACAAAUCAACAACUGCAGCAGCGGAAACGACUCGAGAUGAGGACACAAUCGACUUGACGCCACCUGCAGACCUCACAACCGAAAAGGACGAAGAUGAACGCGGUGCAGACCAGAUCGUGGGCCAGUCUUUGUUUCCACCGAUCCUAGGACAGUCUAUCUUGCCAACACCAUUCAACUUGUUUAGUGCAAUGUUUCCGGCGUUGAACUCCUUACUACUAAUGGGUAACUUGUUCCCUGCCACGUCCCUUUUGGGCGCGCCCUCGUUAUUGGGUUCAACACAUCAAUUAGGAGCUGCAGCGAGCGAUGAGAUGCCAGCCGAUUCAAAGGUUGUUUUGGUGUUAGCUGAAGACCGUAAUCCUAAUGCUGCGAUGAGAGCAGCCCAUCAGGAAGCUGCACGAACAAUUCGGCAAAAUGAUAUGUUUAGUCAGUUCUUGGCUCAAUUCGGUCAAGCUGAUUUUGGGCAGAUGUUAGCGCAGUCAUUGGAACAAAUGCAACAACAGAACCCCAAUCAAUUGUUACAGCAGAAUGCUGGGCAGUUAUUACAGCAAUUUGUGCCGCAAGAUUUCUCUCAGACGAUGGGUCAACUUUUAUCGCAAACAUUUCAACAGUUCCCCGGUUUAGAUAUGUCACAGCUUCCAAUGUUAGGGCAGGCACCACCAUCCACCGAUCCUUCAGUAGGUUCAGCAUUGCCGGAAGCGGAAGGUGAAGCCGCUGCUUCUGCAGGCGGUGCUGCACCACAAGCGCCUACGGGCUUCCAAAUUCCAAAUUUUCAGUCAGCCUUCGAUGCAGGAACACAAUUAUUGGGUCAGGCUUUGCAACAACCAAAUAGUGAUUCAAGUUCUGGUUUCCAGUUGCCAAAUUUUCAAUCAGCUUUGGACGCAGGUACACAAAUGCUGGGCCAGGCCUUUCAACAAGCUAAUGCCGAUGUAGCUUCUGGUGGAUUUCAACUACCCAACUUUCAGUCUGUCAUAGAUACGAGUAACCAAAUGCUGAGCCAGGGAGGCAGCUUAUUUAAUCUUCGUCCGCUGCAAUCGCUAGAUCCAUCCACAUCUGCAUCAGAUGCAGAACCAGCAGCUUCACAGAUAUCUGAAGUUCGUGUCAAACCGGAUACCAUUUCCAUAGCUGACCAUGACCAGAAAAGGCAAAAGGAUGUGAAUAUGGAUGAAUUGAAAAUGACGUCGGCCUUACAAAAAGCUCUUCUAUAUAAGAAAUUACCAAUUUUGUGGUUCCGCAUUCCCGCUGAUUCAUCUGAAAAGGUUCAUGACCUUGGAAUGAAAGAACCCAAUGCAUCUAAAGUGAAAAAUGUCGAAGAAAAGCAACUACAAACAAAGUUGAAAGCGUUCCAACGCCAAGUUAUGACCGAAUUGAAGCUCCUACAGGACAUAGAACGUCAAGCUAAGGAAAUGCGUGCAGCGUCAUUGGGCUCAAAGUCGCAGAAUUUUAAAGAUGAUGCUAAUGCUAACACACAUACUAGUAUGUUGAGUAAGAUACCAAUUCAUAAGAUAACCCGCUCUGAUAUUGAGAAAGCUUUGAAUGACGAUUAUGUCAAAAAGCUUUUGCAUAAAGCCGCAAUUGCGAAUCGCAAAGAAGUUGGAAAGAUGCCCAUAUAUACGCCAAGUGGUAUAAAUAUCAAACGCCAAACCUCUAAGUCAAUGAUGGCUCCACGACAAAUGUCAAGAGAUGACAUUGUGCGCUUGAUGGCCUAUGCAUAUCGCAUGGCAAGUGAUAAUGGAAUUCGAAUGUUGGAAUCUUCAGAGAGUAAGAAGCCAUCAGGCGACCCGGAAUUAGAUGGUAAUCAAGCUUCCGGAGAUACUUCCAAAACAACAGAACGUAAGUGGCCAUCCGAUGCAAAGACGCCAAUGAAUAGACAGUGGCUGAAUGAAGAAAAUCGGAAUUCAGAUGCAAAAGCUUUUAAACAGGAUCCCCAGUUAAUGCAAAUGAGACAAAUGUGGGCGGAGCCAAAGCCACAAGUAGCAAUACAGCAGCCUAUGAUGAUGCAGCAGAUGCCAAUGAUGCAACAACAUGAGAUGCCUCAAAUGGUAGCGAAGCAAGCUCCAAUGGAAUUACAACACAUGCCGAUGUCAAUGAUGCAACAACAACAGAUGCCUCAGAUGGUAGCGCAGCAAGCUCCAAAGGAGAUGCAACAUAUACCGAUGCCAAUAAUGCAACAACCACAUAUGUCAGCCCCCCAAGCUCCAAUGGAGAUGCGACAGAUGUCAAGGACGAUGCAAGAGCCCCGGAUGGUAGCACAGCAAACACCUAUGGAACAAAUUCAAGAGCCACAGAUGCUAGCACAGCAGGCGCCAAUGCAGAUUCAACAGAUGCCGAUGCCAAUAAUGCAGCAACAGCAGAUGCCUCAGAUGGUAGCACAACAACUUCCAAUGGAGAUACAACAAAUGCCGAUGCCAAUGAUGCAACAACUACAGAUGCCUCAGAUGGUAGCACAACAAGUUCCAAUGGAGAUACAACAGAUGCCGAUGCCAAUGAUGCAACAACAGCAGAUGCCUCAGAUGCUAGCGCAGCAAGCUCCAAAUGAGAUGCAACAUAUACCGAUGCCUAUGAUGCAACAACCACAUAUGGAAGCCCAACAAGCUCCAAUGGAAAUGCGCCAGAUGUCAAGGACGAUGCAAGAGCCCCGGACGGUAGCGCAGCAAAUACCGAUGAUGAUGCAAAAUCCUCGGGUAGCGAUGCAGCAGCUGCCUAUGCUAAUGCAACACACGCCUAUGAUAUCGCAACAACCUCAGACCGAGGUAAUGCCGCAAAUGGGUACACAAGACGGUACCAUGAUGUUGCAACAAAUGUCGCCGGAUAUGCAACGGCACACCGAAGAACAAAACGUAGUCGGUGAGGCUACGCCACAAAUGUCUGAGAAUGCUGGAAAAGCUCGAUUUAAAGGCGGCUCCGCUUUUGAUGAAUUCGAUAUGCUUGGACUGGGUGGAGGCCAUGAUAAAGGGAAAAAACAAAAACAUGGAUCACAUUCUGGCUUGAGACCGACAAUUAUUAAUUACUAUUACAAUGCCGGGGGCCGUCCAUCGACUUAUAACACUGGUGGCUAUGGCGGUGGAAGUUCAGGCUAUGGCUCAAGCAGCAAACCCAGCUAUGGGGCGAGUUAUGGUAGCGGUGGUAGUGAAGGUUAUGGUACGCCUAACGCCUAUGCUGGAAAUGCACCAAGUUAUGGAAGCUACGGUGCAAGUGCCGGAGGAAGCUACAGUAGCGGAUCUUACAGAACUGCUGUUGGAGAUGAUGAAAUAAGAGCAAUGCUUCAGGAGCACUCACAAAUGAAAAUGAUGUCCGACAUAGACCGCAACCCCGUUAAUACCACAGUUGUGCCAAGUACAACAACUUACCAGGAAACGUCAUCGGCCACUGAAAACAUUAAUCAAAAACAACCAACAUCGCAGACGGAAACAUCUUCAAUUACUGAUAAGCCAAAAUCUACCACAACAACUACAAUAACAACGCCUACAACUUCGGCAACCACAACUUCGUCAAAGUUAACAAGCUCUAGUGUUAAUCCAGAAAGUUCAUCUUCUAUGGAUCCUGAAAAUGUAGGGUCGAUUUUCAGCUUCAGUCCGAAUAUCUUAACACCUUUUAUGGAGUUACAAUCUGUACCAUUAUAUGAAAGCGAUCCAUGGAAUCACAAAUCGUAUGAUUUGCACUAUCCUCUCUAUGUGGGUGGUGGAAGUUAUGAAGCAUAUUUAAAUAGCAAACGCUUAAAACGGAAUUCGCGUGGUUACACAAACAACAUACUCACACCCAGUAUUCUGGAUCAUUUCCUGAAAGUACGUGUGCAAUUUGAAAAGAGCUUUCCGGAGCUUUAUAAAAGCUUACGUGAUCAACAGCGCGCUCUUAAUUUGACCAGAGUAUUUGUGAAACCGCCCGUGAUACCUAAAACAGUGAUGUACCCACCAACAGAAUUGGGUGCUGCCGAAUUGUUACCAUCAGAUCUCAGCUCCAUUCAAAACAUUGAUCCCACUACUAAAAGCGAAGAUGUUACAGACUAUUUUUUAUUUGAUGAUGAUGAUUAGAAUAAUGUGUCCUUGAAAGUGGCCUACCAAAUAUUUGUAAUUGAGAAGUGUAAAAUAAAAUAAAAUAAUUAAA